AUGGUAGUGGUGAAAAGAUCUGUUGAUGGGGCUGACAGUAAAGCCAAUGGGACCCAGGAUGAUGGUGACCAAGAGGCAGAUGAUGGGGGUGACCAAAGAACUGAUGACUGUGGCAUUGCCCAGGUCAGCAAUGAUGGUGCCCAGAGAUUCAAUGGCAGUAACAGAGCCCAGGACAGAAGCCCAGGCAGAGCCCUGGAGAGCACCAAGGAGGGCGAUAGAGCUGGCAAGGGAACUGAUAGCAAUGGAGCUGAUGACAGCGAUGAGGUGAAUGAUGGAGAUAGGGAUGACAGUGAGGAUGGUGAUGGAGCUGAAGAUGUUAAUGGUGGAGCUGAUGUCAGUGAUGAGGUGAGGGUGGUGAAAAAGAUGGCAACAGAGAUGAGGACAAUGCUCAAGUCAAGGAAUGCACUGGCAAGCUGGAGGACGAAAGCAAAUAUAUCAGUGGAGCGGAUUGUAAUGGUAAAGAUUGUGAUGGAGCCAGGACACACAAAGGGGCUGUUUGCUGGCAUAAAGCUGAAGAAGAAGAAAAAAGGCGAGACGGGAUUAAUUAUUGAAAACAAAGGUGCAGCGGGUGAGCACAAUGAAAAUGAGAGUCUUCACCAUGAGAUGUCUGGAGGACAAGAAGGGGGAGAGGGUGAUUUCAUGUAUGAUGACGCUGCAUCUUCCAGUGGCUUUGCACCUGCAGGGCCGCAGAGGAAAAGAGCAAAACUGGUGUCCAAAAUUCAUGAUGGCGAAAUAAAAUCCCAGAAUUAUCAGAUCGCAAUAACAAUCAUUGAAGCCCGGCAAUUAGUUGGUGAGAAUAUUGAUCCAGUGGUGAUCAUAGAGAUUGGAGAUGAAAAGAAGCAAACGACAGUCAAAGAAGGCACAAAUGCCCCAUUUUACAAUGAAUAUUUUGUGUUUGACUUCAUUGGACCUCAAAUGCAUUUGUUUGACAAAAUUAUCAAAAUCUCUGUUAUGCACAACAAGCUGAUCGGGAGCUUAUUGAUUGGUUCCUUUAAAGUAGAUUUGGGGACAGUGUAUAAUCAGCCAGGUCAUCAGUUUUGUGACAAGUGGGCACUUCUCACAGACCCUGCUGACAUUAGGACAGGAGCCAAGGGAUACCUGAAGUGUGAUAUCAGUGUUGCUGGGAAAGGAGACACGAUACAAGCCAGUCAGAAAGCAAGUGAUGCUGAAGAGGAAAUUGAAAAGAACCUCUUGAUCCCCAAAGGAUUUCCAUCUGAAAGACCGUGGGCCAGAUUUUACGUGAGAAUCUAUAAAGCAGAGGCGCUUCCAAAGAUGAACUCCAGCAUCAUGGCUAAUGUCACCAAAGCAUUCAUGGGUGACAGUAAGGACCUUGUGGAUCCGUAUGUGGUGGUCAUGUUUGCAGGUCAAAUGGGACGAACAACAGUGCAAAAAAACUGUGCUGAUCCUGUGUGGCAUGAACAGAUUGUCUUCAAGGAAAUGUUUCCCCCGCUGUGUCGAAGAGUCAAAAUCCAGGUGUGGGAUGAAGGCAGCAUGAAUGAUGUGGCCUUAGCCACACACUUCAUAGACCUGAAAAAAAUCUCAAAUGAACAAGAUGGAGAUAAAGGGUUCUUGCCUACCUUUGGACCAGCUUGGAUCAAUCUCUAUGGCUCACCUAGGAACCACUCCCUAAUGGACGACCACCAGGAGCUCAAUGAAGGUUUUGGGGAAGGCGUCUCCUUUAGAGGCCGCCUCCUAAUUGAAAUUGCAGUGGAGAUACUUUCAGGGGGAACGCAAGAGUCUAAAUUUUCAAAGAUCAUCAAAGAGAUAAAGUUACCUUCCAAAGAUAAAGACUCCAAAGCAUCUAAAGGAAAAGAGAAAACAGACAAAGCAGAGGAUGGGAAAUCAUCUUCUCCUUCAGACAAGGCAAACUCCACUGAGGCGGAAGUUGAGCCCUUCGAUGUGCCCGCUGAGAUCCACAAAGAGGACUCUGAGGAAUUCCUGCUCUUUGGGGCAUUUUUUGAAGCCACGAUGAUUGACAGGAAGGUUGGAGAUAAACCAAUAAGCUUUGAGGUUUCUGUUGGUAACUUUGGAAAUGUUAUUGAUGGAGUGUCACCAGAAGCUGGUAGUAAAAAGAAGGGACAUGAGGGAGAAGAGGAAGAAAGUGCCCCAUUACUGCAUGAAGGGGAGGGUGAAGCAUCACAUGAUGUUGCAGUACCAAUGAUAUCCACCACCCACCCUGAGAAGCCACUCCUCACAGAAGGAAAUCGGAACUAUCACUACUUGCCGUAUGAUCAGAAGAAGCCCUGUGUCUAUAUAAAGAGCUACUGGGGAGAUCAGACCUUCCGACUGUACUUGUCCAAUGUCCUAGAGAAAAUGGCAGAUCUGUUGGAAGAAGGGUUAGAGGAAGUAAAAGAUUUGAUCAAGGUUUCAGAGAUUGCGUCAGAAGAGAAAAUGAACAACAUUCUAUAUGCCUUUAUCAAUCAAUGCAGAGCCUUCAUCGCUAAUGCCGAAAAGAAGCCCCAAGGGAUGAACCAGACUGCUUUGGACAAAAAAAGACUCAUGAUGUGCAGGCAAGAACUGGAAGCAAUGUCCUCUGAUGCCAAUGGAAUUGUUCAGCAACAGAAAAAAAAGAUGUCAGUAGAUGAACUGAUGCGUGAAACACAGAACUUUGUAGAGAAAAUUCGAUUCUUGGUUGAUGAGCCGCAGCAUACCGUGCCUGAUGUGUUCAUCUGGAUGCUCAGCAACAACAAAAGAGUUGCAUAUGCAAGAAUCCCAGCAAAAGACGUGUUCUAUUCCCCAGUGAAUGAACAGAGAGGCAAAGCCUGUGGGAAGAUUAAAACCCAUUUCCUGAAAUUACCAGGAAAACGCCUGCCGGGUUGGAAUGUACAUGCAAAAGUAGACACCUAUCUGUGGCUUGGUUCCGUCAAGUAUGCCCAUACCAUUAUGGAGAACUUACCUAUAGGACAUGAGACUGAAGUGCCCUCCACAGCUGGUACAGGGCAUCAUGCUGCUCCUUCACCUGCCAGUCUGGUGUACAAAACUCAGCACCUCUUCCAGUUAAGAGCCCACAUGUAUCAGGCCAGGGGGCUCAUCGCAGCUGACAGCUCUGGACUUUCUGAUCCCUUUGCCAAAGUAACGUUUGUUUCACACUGCCAGACCACCAAGAUCAUUUCUCAGACGUUAUCCCCUACAUGGAAUCAGAUGCUGCUGUUCAAUAACAUUGUGCUCCAUGGUGAAGGGAAGGAAAUUGCUGAAUUCCCACCAGUGAUUGUCAUAGAGCUGUAUGAUGACGAUGCAGUGGGUAAAUCAGACUAUAUUGGCUCAACAGUAGCUGCCCCUGUGGUGAGACUCGCCGAUCAGAAAUACGAGCCACCUAAACUGUCUUAUCACCCAGUGCACUGUGGAAAUCUGUCUGGAGGAGACCUUCUUGCUGCAUUCGAGCUGCUGCAGAUUCCAGAUUCUGGUCCAGAGAGCCUUCCACCAAUGGAUCCACCUGACGUAAGCCAGAUCUACCCAGUUCCAGCCAACAUCCGGCCUGUUUUAAGCAAAUACAGAGUGGAGGUUCUGUUCUGGGGUGUUCGUGAGCUGAAGAAAGUCCAGCUCCUCUCUGUGGACCGCCCACAGGUUCUCAUAGAAUGCGCAGGGAAAGGAGUUAAAUCUUCCGUCAUCCAGAGCGUCAAGAACAAUCCCAACUUCAGUGUCCAAGCAGACAGGUUUGAAGUGGAAUUGCCUGAUAAUGAGCUUUUGCACCCACCACUCAGUAUCUGUGUGGUUGACUGGAGAGCGUUUGGUCGUAGUACUCUUGUUGGAACACACACCAUCAAUUGCCUUAAGCAAUAUUUAUAUAAACCCAAGGAGCUUCCUGCACUUACAGCAAAAGUGGACGUUAUAGAAACCGACAAAGCUGCUCCGGAGUCACCACAGCUGCCUGCAUCACCACAACCACAACCACAUCCAGCAGAUCACAUUUAUGUUGAUGUGGAGCACGGUUCAGCUGCAUUAGUAAUACAAGAACCAGUUCCAGCAAAAUCUUCUGCUGCAGCAGCUGUACCUGCUUCUUCACUGCCAUCUGCACUUAAAUCUACAUCCCCAUCCUCUGAACCAGCAAAAGAUAGAAAGCAGAAGGAAUCAAGAAAAUCCUCCCGACGAUCCACAAAAAGAAAAAAGAGAACAAUAGCAGAUGAAUCUGCUGAAAAUGUUAUUGAUUGGUGGUCAAAGUACGAUGCUUCUGUGGAAAAAAUGAAAAAGGUAAAAUCAAUCUAUCCCAAUGAGGGGAAACCAGGCAACACUAAGUCGACAUCUGGCCACGUAGCAUUAAGCAUUGAAGAUGAGCCAGACAAAAAGAAGCGAAAAAAGUUGUUCAAAGUGGAAAAAAAGGAAGAAGACCCAAAUCUAGCAACUUUGAAGAUCUAUGAUGGAAACCUGGAGAGUGAAUUUAAUAACUUUGAAGACUGGGUGAAAACCUUUGAACUCUUCAGAGGCAAAGCCACCGAUGAAGAUCACAGUGACUAUGAGGACAGAAUAAUAGGAAAAUUUAAGGGCUCUUUCUGCAUAUACAAAAGUCCUGAAGAUUCCAGCUCAAUGGAUGGAGGACAGCCUAAAAUUCUGCAAGGGAUACCACCGAAUAACUCAGUCGAAGUCCUGGUUAGGGUGUAUAUUGUGAGAGCAUAUAAUCUUAGCCCAGCUGAUCCAGAUGGCAUGUCAGAUCCCUAUAUCGUGCUCAGACUAGGCAAAACUGAAAUUAAAGACCAGGACAAUUACAUCCCCAAACAACUAAACCCAGUUUUUGGAAGAUCAUUUGAAAUUCAGGCUACUUUCCCUAAGGAAUCUGUGCUCUCCAUCCUGAUCUAUGACCACGAUAUGGUUGGAACAGAUGACCUCAUUGGAGAAACUAAAAUUGAUUUGGAGAAUCGUUUCUACAGCAGGCACCGGGCUACCUGUGGUCUACAAAGUCAAUAUGAAAAAGAAGGGUACAAUGCCUGGCGAGAUGCAAUUCAGCCGACUGAGAUCCUUAACAAGCUAUGCAAAGACAACAAACUGCCUGGGCCCUACAAGCGACCUGGGGAGAUACAAAUAGGAACCAAAGUAUUCACUGGGAAGACAAUCUUUAAUGAAGACGAGAAUGAAGAGCCAGUUGAAUCCUAUGAACAACUUGCCCUAAAGGUUUUACGUUCCUGGGAUGAAAUCCCAGGGGUUGGAUGUAAGCUGGUUCCAGAACACAUUGAGACCCGGCCUCUCUAUCACAAGGAUAAACCAGGCAUGGAACAGGGUCGUGUGCAGAUGUGGGUGGACAUGUUUCCCAAAGAUAUGCCUCCACCGGGACCACCUGUUGAUAUUUCACCAAGGAAACCCAAAGGUUAUGAAUUGAGAGUAAUCAUCUGGAAUACAGAAGAUGUAAUUUUAGAGGAUGAGAAUAUCUUCACAGGACAAAAAUCAAGUGACAUCUAUGUAAAAGGGUGGUUAAAGGGACUGGAAGAUGACAAACAGGAGACAGAUGUGCAUUACAACUCCUUGACUGGAGAAGGGAACUUCAACUGGCGCUUUGUGUUUCCAUUCCACUACCUCCCAGCUGAGAAACAAAUGGUGGUCAGUAAGAAAGAAAACAUAUUUUCCUUGGAAAAGACAGAACGCAAAAUGCCAGCAGUGCUAGUGCUCCAAGUUUGGGACUUUGAAAGACUUUCUUCUGAUGAUUUCUUGGGCUCCCUUGAAAUGAAACUGAAUGAAUUUCCUCGAGCAGCCAAGUCUGCCAAGAGUUGUGACGUAGGCAUGGUAACAGCAACAAGUAAAGAAAACAAGAUAUCCAUAUUUCAGCAAAAGCGUGUCAGAGGAUGGUGGCCUUUCAUCAAAGCUGGGGAGCUCACUGGCAAAGUGGAAGCUGAAUUCCAUUUAGUCACUGCAGAGGAAGCUGAGAAGAGUCCUGUAGGGAAAGCUCGGAAGGAACCUGAGCCUUUGGAGAAACCCAACCGCCCAGACACUUCCUUCUCCUGGUUUGUAAAUCCUUUCAAGUGUUUGUAUCACCUCAUCUGGAGAAAUUACAAGAAGUACAUCAUCAUUGCGCUGAUUCUGAUUAUUCUGAUGAUCUUCUUGGUGCUUUUCAUUUACACUUUGCCUGGUGCAAUCAGUCGUAAGAUUGUUGUAGGAUCUUAG